UUUUUUUUUUUUUUUUUUUUUUUAUCUUUUUAUUUUACUUUUUCUAUUUGGUAUUUUUCUAAGGCAGUACACCGCUUUGUCCAUGUUUCUGUCGUAAACUCAGUCUAAUCUCUGACGCUUCUGGCUCUCACUUUCAUUUGUCUUUGGUCGUGAUGGCACUUUGCGCGGCUACUGUACUCCAGGCAGGAGGAGACCUGCUGGUGGAUGAGGGCGCACACCUCGUUUGAAUACCUCAGUUUAUGAAAAGGUGUUUUCGUCACAAGGGUUUUGUCACAAUUGCGCUGAAAAUAAGAACUCGUCUUCUGGAUAGUCGCCUAAUCGCCUGGGUUUAGAUUCCAUCUACCUUCGUUGUGCCGCUUUCCUGCCGUUAGCCGCUGUAGCCGGCCAUCCUGCGCUGUAACAUGACCCUGAGGCACUAACAUUAUUUUCUCUAAGAAAACAAGCCAGCCAACAAAAACUGGGCAUGGAGUCCAUGAAGACGAAAGCCGCGACAGGGGUCAAGGAAUUUGCGGGGAAGACCCUGGGUCAGAUGUACAGGGUGAUAGAGAGGAGACAGAAAACAGGCGAGGUGAUCGAGCUGACUGAGGAUGGGAGGCCUCGGGAGGCCGCCGAGAAGAAACCUCCUCUAUGCGACUGCAAGUGCUUCGGUUUGCCGCGCCGGUACAUCAUCGCCAUCAUGAGUGGCUUGGGUUUCUGCAUCUCCUUCGGCAUCCGAUGCAACCUGGGCGUGGCAAUCGUGAGCAUGGUUAAUAACAGCACCAUCCACCAGAACGGCAAGAUUAUCAUCAAGGAGAAAGCCAAGUUUAACUGGGACCCGGAGACAGUUGGAAUGAUCCAUGGAUCUUUUUUCUGGGGCUACAUUGUGACGCAAAUCCCAGGAGGAUACAUUUCCUCGAGGCUCGCAGCAAACAGGGUAUUUGGUGCAGCAAUUGUCCUCACCUCAACUCUCAACAUGUUCAUUCCCUCUGCUGCGCGUGUCCACUAUGGGUGUGUCAUUUUUGUCAGAAUAUUACAAGGACUGGUGGAGGGAGUGACUUACCCUGCCUGUCACGGCAUCUGGAGCAAGUGGGCUCCACCACUAGAAAGGAGCCGUCUGGCUACCCUCUCAUUUUGUGGCUCCUAUGCUGGUGCUGUGAUAGCAAUGCCUCUAGCUGGAAUCCUUGUCCAGUACACAGGAUGGUCCUCAGUGUUUUAUGUCUAUGGAUGCUUUGGUAUUUUCUGGUACAUGUUCUGGAUUCUUGUCUCUUAUGAGAGCCCUGCUGACCAUCCUACCAUCACUGAUGAGGAACGUGUCUAUAUAGAGGAGAGCAUUGGGGAAAGUGCCAAGCUGAUGGGCCCUUCAGAGAAAUUCAAGACGCCUUGGAGGAAGUUCUUCACCUCUAUGCCUGUCUAUGCAAUCAUUGUGGCAAACUUCUGCAGAAGCUGGACCUUCUACCUGCUGCUCAUCAGUCAGCCUGCAUACUUUGAGGAGGUGUUUGGCUUUGAGAUUAGCAAGGUGGGUAUACUCUCUGCUCUCCCCCACCUGGUGAUGACCAUCGUUGUGCCCUUUGGCGGUCAGCUGGCAGACUACCUGCGCAGCAGGAACAUUAUGACAACAACCACUGUCAGGAAAAUAAUGAACUGUGGAGGAUUUGGCAUGGAAGCCACAUUGCUGCUGGUGGUGGGGUAUUCCCACAGCAAACCGGUGGCAAUCUCCUUCCUUGUGCUGGCAGUGGGCUUCAGUGGAUUUGCAAUAUCAGGUUUUAAUGUGAACCACCUGGACAUCGCUCCUCGUUAUGCCAGUAUCCUAAUGGGCAUCUCUAAUGGUGUUGGUACACUAUCUGGGAUGGUGUGCCCAUUAAUUGUCGGUGCUAUGACAAAAAACAAGACUCGAGAGGAGUGGCAGUAUGUAUUCCUGAUAGCCUCGCUGGUGCACUACGGUGGCGUCGUCUUCUAUGGGAUCUUUGCAUCUGGAGAAAAACAGCCGUGGGCCGACCCCGAACUCACUAGUGAGGAAAAAUGUGGGUUCAUCGAUGAAGAUGAACUGGCGGAGGAGACUGGUGACAUCACCCAGAGUUAUGGAGCUUUUGGGGGUGCAGCCAAAACAUACGGUGCUACCACACAGGUAAACGGAGGCUGGGCUACCGGCUGGGAGAAGACGGAGGAGUAUGUCCAGGAGGAGGCACAGGAAGGCUAUGGAUACAGGCAGGGAGAAGGCUAUUCUUAGACCAAACACAAAGUCAGUGGCACACAAGUUGACUUUAUUUCUUGGGUUUCCUGAGUGUUCAUCUAUCAACAAAUGAUAAACCAGAAAAGCUAUGAUCCAUUGUGUUAUUGUUUGCACAAAAAACCAUAAAAAUUAUCAAAAUCUAGAAAUUAAA